AUGUCUGUAACCCAACGGGAGGAUGCCUUCCCAUCUUGCAGGAACUGGUCAUUUAAUAAAGAGCUCAAUGACACUCGGGAACCUUUUGGCAAUCCUUCUGCCGAUUAUGAUGAGGAGGAAUUUCUACGAUACCUUUGGAAAGAGUAUUUGCAUCCCAAAGAAUAUGAAUGGGUUCUAAUUGUUGGAUAUAUUAUUGUAUUUCUUGUGGCUCUCAUAGGAAAUAUUCUGGUUUGUGUCGCAGUGUGGAAGAAUCAUCACAUGCGGACAGUGACCAAUUAUUUCAUAGUCAACUUGUCCUUAGCAGAUGUCCUUGUCACCAUCACGUGUCUCCCAGCAACUUUAGUGGUGGACAUCACUGAGACAUGGUUCCUUGGGAACAGCCUCUGCAAGGUGAUCCCUUAUUUGCAGACUGUGUCCGUUUCUGUUUCUGUGCUGACACUCAGCUGCAUUGCACUGGAUCGAUGGUAUGCAAUUUGUCACCCUUUGAUGUUUAAGAGCACAGCCAAGCGAGCAAGGAAGAGCAUUAUCAUUAUCUGGAUUGUGUCCUGUAUUAUAAUGAUUCCCCAGGCGAUUGUCAUGGAGAGCAGCAGUGUGUUGCCAGGAUUAGCCAACAAAACCAUCUUGUUCACUGUUUGUGAUGAGCACUGGGGAGCUGAAGUCUACCCAAAAUUGUACCACACAUGUUUUUUCCUAAUAACGUACAUGGCCCCACUGUGUCUUAUGGUGUUGGCCUACUUGCAGAUAUUUCACAAAUUAUGGUGUCGACAGAUUCCAGGAACUUCAGCCACCGUUCAGAGGAAAUGGAAGCCUCUGCAGUCUUCUGCACAGACCCGCGGACUGAGGCCAUCAGCAAAGUUGAGGAUUAGCGCAGUGGCAGCUGAAAUCAAACAGAUUCAAGCCAGGAGGAAAACAGCACGGAUGCUAAUGGUUGUUCUUCUGGUUUUUGCACUUUGUUAUCUGCCCAUUAGCAUUCUCAAUGUUUUGAAAAGGGUAUUUGGGAUGUUUAACAAUGCUGAUGACAGAGAAACUGUGUAUGCCUGGUUUACGUUCUCCCACUGGCUCGUAUAUGCAAAUAGUGCAGCAAAUCCAAUUAUUUAUAACUUUCUCAGUGGAAAAUUCCGAGAAGAAUUUAAAGCAGCAUUUUCUUGCUGCUGUGGCUUUGGCAUUAGCCACCACCAAGACGAACGAGGCAGGGGACGGGCAAGCACAGAGAGUCGAAAAUCCUUGACCACCCAGCUCAGCAACAUUGAUCAUGCUUCAAAGCUGUCAGAGCAUGUUGCACUGACCAGUAUAAGCACACUGCCAGCCAAUGGCACUGGACCAAUGCACACCUGGUAG